UUCCUUUUUUCUUUUGCCGUAUAUAAAAUGACUGUAGUAGAUAUUCUGCUGGAAUUUCGAAUUUUUUUUUGUCAAGUUGAGGGUUCUCACUCUCUCUCUCUCUCUUAUCUGGCUUUUGUUUGGGUAAAAGUCUUCUAGGUGGUCUACCUGCGAAGAAACAUCACCAUUUCUCUACUUCUUCAUCUGGGUUUUGGUUGGUGUCUUUUGGGACUAGUGGAAUUUGGUCUUACUUGGUGUUCUUUCUUUUGGUUUUCUAUCCGUCUCUGGAGCUUUCGUUUGGGUCUUUUUCUCUUUUGGGUUUGUUUUCUUUUUCUUUUUGGCUGUUUGGGGCUUUUGGGGGUUCGUGGCAAAUCAUAUUGUUCUUGUAAUUUUUUGUGUGCGAUUGUUAAUCUGGGUGGCUUGAGAUGGAGGAGCGAUAUGAGCCGAUGAAGGAGCUAGGUUCAGGGAAUUUUGGAGUGGCAAGGCUGGUGAGAGAUAAGAAGACAAAGGAGCUUGUUGCAGUCAAAUACAUAGAAAGGGGGAAGAAGAUUGAUGAGAAUGUUCAGAGAGAAAUCAUCAACCACAGAUCUCUGAGGCAUCCAAACAUUGUGAGGUUCAAAGAGGUCUUGUUGACACCUACACAUUUAGCUAUUGUCAUGGAAUAUGCAGCUGGGGGUGAACUCUUCGAGAGGAUAUGCAGUGCUGGUCGAUUUAGUGAAGAUGAGGCAAGAUUUUUCUUCCAGCAGCUAAUCUCUGGCGUCAGCUACUGUCAUUCCAUGCAAAUUUGUCACAGGGAUCUGAAACUGGAAAACACACUACUGGAUGGAAGUCCAACCCCAAGACUUAAGAUUUGUGACUUUGGUUAUUCCAAGUCUGCUUUGUUGCACUCUCAACCCAAGUCAACAGUAGGAACACCUGCAUACAUUGCCCCAGAGGUUCUCCAAAGAAAGGAAUACGAUGGAAAGAUUGCUGAUGUUUGGUCCUGUGGUGUGACACUAUAUGUGAUGUUGGUUGGAGGAUACCCAUUUGAGGAUCCUGAAGAUCCUAGAAACUUUCGGAAGACCAUUGGAAGAAUAAUGAGCGUGCAGUACACCAUACCUGAUUAUGUACGCGUGUCCAAAGACUGUAGGCAGCUCCUUUCUCAUAUUUUCGUUGCCAAUCCAACCAAGAGGAUCACUAUCCCAGAGAUAAAACAACAUCCUUGGUUUCAGAAAAAUUUGCCAAAAGAGCUAAUAGAAAUUGAGAAGACGAACUUUGCGGAAGGAGGAAGUGACCAACCAAGUCAGAGUGUUGAAGAAAUUAAUCGGUUCAUACAAGAGGCAAAGAUGCUAGGGGAAGGAUCCAAAGCUGGUGUACAAGCUGCUGCCGGGGCAUCGGACAGUGAUGAUGUGGACGCUGAUGUCGAAUCUGAAGUUGAUGUCAGUGGUGACUAUUUCAAUGCUGUGUGAGCUGACUUCGGAAUUAUGUUGAGAGGAGUUGUGUUUUUAAGUUAAAUUACACAAACUUCUCAUUGGGGCCAAUUACUUAUCCAAAAAAAAAAAAGUUUAAUUACACAAACUUUAGUCUGCUGCUAAUCACACUGUACAUUUGAAUAUAUGCUGGAAACAUGUAAACUGAGGUGGGUUUUGUGUGUAUGAAGGAUAUUGCAUUUACUUUUUUUUAUUUAUACAGAAGAUUUUUUUUUUUAA